CUCUCUCUCUCUCUCUCUCUCUCUCUCUCAUGCACUCCCCAUCUCUUCCCUUGGUACCUUUCUCUCUCUCUCUCUCUCCUCUAGCUCAGCUCUCUUCACCCUGCCCUCUCUCCCUCUCUCUCCUAUGCACUCUCCAUCUCUUCCUUUGGUACCACUCUCUCUCUCCUCUUCUAGCUCAGCUCUCUUUACCCUCCUCUCUCUCUCUCUGUAUCUCUCUCCCUCUCAUGCACUUUCUAUCUCUUUCGUUGGUACCGUCUCUCUCCUCUUCUAGCUCAGCUCUCUUCACCCUCCCCUCUCUCUUCCUCUCUCCUUCCCUCCCUCCUUUCUCUCUUUUAGGCACUCUCCAUCUCUUCCUUUGGUACCUCUCUCUCCUCUUCUAGCUCAGCUCUCUUCACCCUCCCCUUUCUCUCUCUCUCUCUCUCUCUCUCUCUCUCUCUCUCUCUCUCUCUAUCUCUCUCUCUGUGUGUGUUAUGGUAGCCGGUGAGGGAGCUGGUCGCGCGCUAUUGUCUGUUUGUGGUCGCUGAGGAGGAGGAGGAAGAGGAGAUAAACAGGGUGAAGAGGGGGAUUCUCGGUGGUCUCUGGCCGGUUGUUUAUCUUGGCCCGCGGUUUGGUUCGGCUCGGCUCGGCUCAGUUCUGCUGGAGCGGGAGUGUCCGGACGCCAUGGCCCCGCGCUGUGCUGCGCUCUGCCUGCUGCUGCCGCUGCUGUGGCUCUGCGGAGCGGCCAGCGCCUCCACACCUCCGCACGGAGACGGCGGCUCAGUGAGGGCGAGGACCCUGCGCGCGGACAGCAGGGAGACUACGGUGCCCGCCAGGCUCGUGUAUCGCGCGGAUCGUGGCGGCGGUCAGACGGCGCACGACACCCUGGGCACGCGGGUGCGCGCGAGCUCCGGUGACCAGCAGAAGGACCAUUUGGCCCAGACCAGCUUCCAGGUGAAAGCAUUCGGCCAGACCUUCAUCCUGGAUGUGGAACUAAACCAUGAUCUGCUGUCUUCGAAGUAUGUGGAGCGGCAUAUAUCGGAAGAGGGGAAAUCAUUCAUCUCCAAAGGUGGGGAGCACUGUUACUAUCAUGGAAAGGUGCGGGACAUUCCAGAGUCCUUCGUGGCGCUGUCCACUUGCCAUGGAUUACAUGGGAUGUUUUUUGAUGGAAAUCACACAUACAUGCUUGAACCAGGAGAACAGAGCAGUGAUAAUGAAAACGUCCAAGUGCACAUGAUUUAUAAGUCUCCCGGUUCCCAGCCUCCGGAGGAUUACGUCCCACCAAUUGGUCUCGCAGAGUCACCGUUCCAGAGCCCUCCACUCUUCUCCAGAGCCGCACGCAAGAGAAAAAAGAGACAAGUGUCAAAGACUUCCCAUAACAUCCAAGAUGAGACCAAAUACAUAGAGCUGAUGGUUAUUAAUGAUCAUCUCAUGUACAAGAAGCAUCGCCUGUCAGUCGGACAAACAAACAACUACGCCAAGUCAGUAGUGAACAUGGCUGAUUUGAUCUUUAAGGAGCAGCUGAACACCAGGAUUGUCCUGGUUGCGAUAGAAACGUGGGCAGCAGACAACAGGAUCAACAUUAAUGACGACCCCAUGAUCACACUGCGGGAGUUCAUGAAGUACAGAAGAGACUUUAUCAAAGAGAGGAGCGACUCUGUCCAUCUCUUCUCGGGCAACCGUUUCCAUAGCAGCUGGGGUGGAGCCUCUUACAUGGGAGGAGUCUGUUCACUGACGAAAGGGGGAAGCGUCAAUGAGUAUGGAAAAACAGAAGAAAUGGCCAUCACUCUUGCACAGUCUCUGGGACAGAAUAUCGGCAUUUUCUCAGAUAAGAAAAGGAUUCUAAAUGGGGAGUGCAAGUGUGAUGAUAAAUGGUCCGGCUGCAUAAUGGAUGAUGUUGGCUUCUACCUGCCCAAGAGGUUCUCUGACUGUAACGUAGAAGAGUACCACAACUUCCUAAACAGCGGCGGUGGAGCGUGUCUCUUCAACAAACCCUCUAACCUGUUGGAUCCUCCAGAGUGUGGGAACGGAUUUGUGGAGCCAGGAGAGGAGUGUGACUGUGGAGGCCCUGCGGAGUGCGCUCAAGAGGGAGAACACUGCUGUAAGAAGUGCACUCUGACUCAGGGCUCCAAAUGCAGUAACGGACUCUGCUGUAAUAACUGCCAGAUGGAGUUUAUGGGUGUGAUCUGUAGAGACGCAGUAAAUGACUGCGAUAUUCCAGAAAACUGCACCGGGAACUCCAGCCAGUGUCCUCCAAAUGUACACAAAAUGGACGGCUACACUUGUGAAAAAGAUCAGGGUCGGUGUUUUAAUGGGAGAUGCAAAACCAAAGACAGACAGUGCAAGUACAUCUGGGGAGAGAAAGCAACAUCUGCAGAUAAGUUCUGCUACGAGAAGCUGAACAUCGAGGGCACAGAGAAAGGGAACUGUGGGAAAGAUAAGGACACGUGGAUUCAGUGUAAAAAACAGGAUGUGCAGUGUGGAUAUCUGCUGUGCUCGAACAUCUCCCCAGCGCCCAGACUGGGAGAGCUACAGGGAGGACUGUCCUCCUUUUCUGUGGCCCAACACAGUGCAUCACUGGACUGCAGUGGAGGGCAUGUGAUGAUCGAUGGAGACACUGAUUUGGGUUACGUGGAGGACGGCACAGCGUGUGGAACUGACCGGAUCUGCUUCAACCACAAAUGCCUCCCAAUGCAGGAAUUUAACUUUAGUACCUGCCCCGGCACCAACGAGAGGGUCAUAUGCUCCGGCCACGGGGUGUGCAGUAAUGAGCUGAAGUGUGUGUGUCACCUGGGCUGGGCAGGUGAGGACUGUAACUCCACGUCUCCUCUCAGCUACCUGGUGGUGGGACCCACAGCCACGUCUUCAGGCAUCAUCAGUACCAACAUCAUCAUCGGGGCUAUCGCUGGAUCUAUUCUCGUGCUGGCUCUCAUACUGGCCAUCGCUGCAUGGGGCUACAAGAGCUACAGGCAGCGACAGUAUGCAGAAUCUGAAGUGCACCGAAGAUUCUGUCGACAAAUGCCGCCAGGCGACUACGUGAAGAAACCGGGCGAUGCCGAUUCGUUCUACAGCGACGUGCCGCAGGGUGUGAGCUCCAACUCAGGCAGCAGCUCCAAGAAGAGGUCUGCUUACCUGUCCCACCUUCAGAUCUACACCUCCAUCCCCUCCAUCAGCCAAAACAUCUUACUGUUCAGCUUCAGGUCCAAUGGUUUAUCCCAUUCCUGGAGUGAGAGAAUCCCAGACGCCAAACACAUUUCCGAUAUCUGUGAAAACGGGCGACCCAGGAGCAACUCGUGGCAAGGGAACAUUAGCGGAAACCGCAGAAAGAUGAAAGGGAAGAAGUUCCGGCCUCGUUCCAACUCGACAGAGACGCUGUCGCCAGCCAAGUCCCCGACCUCCUCCACAGGCUCCAUCGCCUCCAGCCGAAGAUACCCGUACCCCAUGCCCCCGCUCCCCGACGAGGAGAGGAAGGCCAACAGGCAGAGUGCCAGGUUGUGGGAGACAUCAAUAUAAAGCAUCUCCUUGCAAAUACUCUGCAAAAUCUCCUUAAGGACUACGUUCUCCUCCGCUUUUAUACAAAUGAGAAAAAAAUGAAAUGAGAAAAAAAGAGAAGUCGAAACGGAGAAAGGGGUGAAUUGAAUUCGAGGACCGCUCGUGUCCAUCGGAGGGCGCCAGAGAGCGGGCGCGGCCUCCCCUCCCCCCCUCCCUGCCCGAGCUUUUGAAGAGCACAGCUGUCAUUCUCCCACCACUGCAGUCGUCCAACGCGGGGAACUGGGGAACUUUGCUUUUGGUCCAAAAGGUAAAGCCAGACACUGCUCCAGCCACGCUGAGAAGAGGAGCCAGCGGACAAGGCGGGGCAUUAGACUGUCAGCCACGCCCCCCAAGCCCCACCCCAUACCCCCCCAGUAAAGUCCUGCCCCCAAACACCAAUAAUGUCUUGUGAUUGGUGUCCUUGUUGCAAUGGUGUGAGAAGGUCAUCAACCCGGAUGUGACUUUUGUUUUUGAAAGCACGCGAUCAACUGUAGAAACUUCCACUGUAUGCAUGAGAAAACAUGUUUAUCGACUCAUUGUAGUGCUAAAGACGACGACGACAAACGAUGAAAAAUAAUAUGUUAACAAAAGAUCAGUAACGCUAGGGGACCGCAUGUCUCAGAGGGGCAGAUCUGUAGGCCGGUAAGAUUUAUUCCUUUAUUUUUAGGCUUUCUCUCUUGAUCUCAUCAUACUGUGCAUCAAUGUUAUUAACAACCUCCAGGUCCCAACCCCACACCCACCCCCCAUCCCUCUUUACACUUUCCCUCUUAAUCUGUUACGCUAUUCUUUUCUCAGAGAUUUCUGUAAAUAUGUAUAAUGCAAAGACACUGAGUGAAAUGUGUGAUUGUUCUUUUUUUGUAUUUUUCUUCAUUUUUUCUUCUUUAUUUCGCACUUACGAAUGGUAGGGUCUAGAAUAAAUGUGACAGUUCAUGUUUGUAUGUUCUUUAUGGAUCGGGACUGUCCGUAAAUUUGUAAAAAUCUUUGUCAUUUUUGUUUUCCGAAUAAUUUGUGGAUUUCCGUAAUCCCUCACGUCAGUCCAUUCACUUCUAACUAAGUUUAUUUUACACACUCGCUUUAACUGCAUCUCUGAUGCUAUAUGUAGAUCGUCUUUAAGAAUAAAGAAUGUGCUACAAAAAGGUUAUGGCGGAUGCUUAGAAGCUGUGAUUAGAGGCUGCGUUCUGACUGAUGGACGUUGCUGUGAAUUUACUUGUAUUUUUGAAGAAUAGCGACGCAAUUGGUCCUCGCCUAAAGUGCACUAUGUAUAAUAGUUCUUCAUUGUCUUCAUGUUCUGUUGAUGAAGUGGUUUUCAGUGUUGGGGAAUGCAUAUGGACUUGUUCUGUAAAGCCGGCAGUAUACUUUAACAAACACCGAAUGAUAUGAUGAUUUUUGCAGGUGGACUAAGACUAGGUCUAGAGCUGGUGCACCUCCAACCCCCAGGGGGAGAGGGUGAGCACCUUCCAAGGGCAGUCAAACUCAAUGUCCAACAUCUGGGUAGAAACAUACUUGCUGUUUGCCCAUGCGUUCGUGUAGACAACCAGCUGCGUUGUGAAUGUGACUGAGAACAUUCUAGCCUAUGUGCAACGCGUGUAACUGAAGGCUUCCACUAGAGGGCAGAAUGUAGAAAGGGCUUCGGGAUUUACACAAUGUAAACAUGGCAAAAAGCUUCCGGAUUUGAACGAAUCAAACAUGCUACAACGGCUACACUGCCCCUAGCAGUUUUGUGUGUAUUGCACCUCGCGUACGCAUCACGUUAAUUUUUGAAGGACGUGCACGACCUACGCUCCAAACAGACGCAGGAUACGCGAAGCAAGUAUAUCUCUUAGAUUUCUGAGAUGAUGGUACUUUGGAUUAGAAGGCUGAGAAUGUCAGAAUCUCCCACAGUAAUAUGAGAAGGAUUUCUUUUUCCCUCUCCUGGUCCUCUUUGGUCCUAAUCACCAUUUUCUUUUCUCUAAACCACAUACUACUGACUGUGAUUGGUUCUAAUAAUCUGCAUCAGCUUUUUGUGAGACUUUCCCUCGGUUAUGAUUGGUCCUGAUCACUGCAUAACUUGUUCAGAUAGCUCCAUAUUUCUCCAAUUGGUCCUCAUCACCGCAUGGUUUGUUUUGAGUCCUCUAGUUGACUGCAGUUGGUCGUAACCACUACAUACCUUGUUCAGAGUCCUCUAGUGGACUGCAGUUGGUCCUGAUCACUACGUACCUUGUUCAGAGUGCUCUAGUUUAUUGGAGUUGGUCCUGAUCACUAUGUACCUUGUUCAGAGACCUCUAGUUGAUUAGAGUUGGUCGUGAACAAUAUGUAUCUUGUUCAGAGUCCUCUGGUUGACUGGAGUUGGUCCUGAUCACUAAAUAUCUUGUUCAGAGUCCUCUAGGUGACUGCAGUUGGUCCUGAUCACUGCUUAUAUUGUUCAGAGUCCUUUAGUUGACUGCAAUUGGUCGUUUUAUACAUUUUUAAACAGUUGAAAUAUACUGCCGGCUGGAGUGUGUGAGGUCAUGUGUUUGGAAACAGGAGGAAAUAAAUGAGAGAAGAUGGCGGCCUGCUCUCAGCCAUGUAAGGGGUUCUGUGAAUGUAAUAUUAAAACAGUCUGGGGCUAAAAUUGUCUCUCUGAUGUUUAGGUUGUUGGAAUAAUGUAGAACAACUUGAAGCAAGUCUCUUGUUGAACAGACCAUCCAUUAUCUUUGUCUCUGUAAACAGUUUGGGAUUGUUUUUUUCUUCUUUGAAUGGUUAAAAUGUGUUUGCUGUUGGUUUACUGCUCGACUGCUUCUAAGCAAAGACAUCUGGGACUGUAAAACAAGCAUUGUGAGGACCGACAGUCAUACAACCACCAAGACCUUUAAAGCAAUACUCCUGCAUUUUAAACUGUAUGUGUGCUGCACUUGUAUAGUACCGUUAGUUACCGUGGAUGAUCAUUUUAUCCUGUUCCUGUGUGAAUAUUAUUAAUUUACAAUGAAUUAUAGUUAUCAAUCACAGGAUUAUGGGUUCAAUACUGAGAUGCGUUUUGCUACCUUGGCAGUGGAAAACACAGGUGCACCACUGCCUGAAAACAAUCCAGGCAGACUAUUAUAGUCCGACGUUCAUUGGUAUCUUGGCACAUGGACAUGCAGCAGUGUCCACCAAACUCAGAGGACACCUGGCUUAUUUAUAUAUUUAUAUAUUUAUUUUACAUUUUCCCAAAACACACCCAUAUUUGAUUAAGAUAAUUAGUACAUCCCUUAAAGAAUACUUUAGUAAAAGUCCCUGGGGCUACUUUCUUUUUUAUUUUAUUUUAUUUAUUUUUUUUGCUUAAUUUUUAAAACGUUUGAAGAAACUUUUUGAGAAGAGCUUUGUCAUGGCUUGAUUCUACACUGUUGGUGUGUAAAAGCUAUGAUAGAAAAACACUAAACGUAGUAAAGCAAUGGAGUAUUGCUUUAUGGUCAUCCAAAAAAAAAACUCUUAAAGGAAAUGGGAAGUGACACACUAAUAUUAUUAUUUCACGUUUUUUCCACAACACACCCAUGAUUAAUUAAAAGAAUUAGUACAUCCCUUUUACGUGUUUCGAGAUGCACAAAGUGUACUUUUCCCGUUGUUAUGAUAGCAAAGACACUGAUUGCUAAAAUAAUCUAUAGUGAACAUGCCCACAUAAGAACUAAUUCUAACUAAAUAAUACAAACAUUAUCUGAUUUCCAAAGUUUAUGCGGCUGUGUAAACAGUAUAUUCUGAUUUUAGGACCAAAUUAAAGCCAAUUUUCCUGAAUUUCAUAAAAGAUGAUAUAGACCUGUGCAUGUAAUCAUUUCACAUGACAUUUUAUACACUUUCUUAAGUGCUUUCUCCUUAAGGGUUGACAAGAGAAGCGUCUUAAACUGUAGUCUAAGCUGUAGCUUUUGCGUGUUUCAAGAUGCACAAAGUAUACUUUUCCUGUCGUUACAAUAGCAAAGACACAUUGGCACGCCCACAUAGGAACUAAUUCAAUCUAACCAGGGCCUAAUUUACUCCAACAGAGGUGGCCAUAAUGAUGUGGAUAACUAUAUUAGACUCCAAAAUGCCCAAAAUAGGGAGAGUACCUGGGACUACUUCCUCUUUUCUCUGUUUUCCUGUUUUGCUUAGGUUUUAGAAUGUUUGAGAAAAACUCUUUGAGAAGAUCUAUGAUAGAGAAACACUAAAGGUAGUAAAGCUGGAGUAUAGCUUUAAGGUCAUCCUAAAAAAAAAUAAUAAUAAUAACUCUUAAGGGAAUGGGAAGUGACACACUAAUUGGUUUGUCACAUUUUUUCCACAACACAACGAUGAUUAAUGGGUAUUUUGAGAUGCACAAAGUUUACUUUUCCCGUCGUUACAAUAGCAAAGACACAUUGGCACGCCCUAAAUCAAGCUGUGCGGUGCACCUUUAGAUGGCUAAAAUAAUCUGGAGUGAACAUGCCCAAGUAGGAACUAAUUCUAACUAAACAGGGUCUAAUUUACUUCAACAGAAGUGGCCAAAAUGAUGUGGAUAACUAUAUUACAAGCUCCAGAAUACUCAAAAUAGGGAGAGUAUCUGGGACUACUUCCUCUUUUCCCUGUUUUCCUGUUUUGCUUAGGUUUUAAAAGGUAGUAAAUCGCUGGAGUAUUGCUUUAAGGUCAUUCUAAAAGAAAACCCAAACGUUGCGAUCAGUAUUGUGUAUGUAGUGUGUGUGUGUGUGUGUGUGUGUGUGUGAGGUAGGCCUAGUUUUGGGCCUUCAUCUGUAAAUAGCCUUCAUGUUCACUAAAGCCUGCUGUGUCUGUAUUCUGAAGAGGCGUUUGUUCAGCGUUUGGCACUGAUUUAAUUUAACUUUUCGGACUAAUUUAACGUCCGAACAGCAUCGCAAGUAUUUCUAAAGCAUAUUUUUAAAGUUGUUUUAUUCACCCUGUUUGUUUUUGUAUGUACACAUUUAAUCCCAACAGAAAUGAAGUGCAUUAUGAUUAUUGUAUAAAGCAGGAAUUAGCAAUUUUUUUUUUUUUUUUUUUUGUAUCUUUUAUUUCAGGAACACUCCUGUUUUCACACCGUGGGAAAAACAAUGUUAAUUUCAAUUUCCUCAAUGUGUUUCUGUUUGCAGUGUGUGUACAUAUUUGAUUGAAUGCAUUCUCUCUCUCUCAGUCUCACACACACACACAGCUGUUACUGUGUUUCUGGGCAGUGUGUAAGUGCAUGGCUCAAUAAGGUCUUGAGAAGGCUGAAUCCAAAGGCACCCAAAAAGACAAAAAACAUCUCAAGCAAUACUUUCAGCACCUCACUGUCGUUCUCGUGCUAACGGUUACCUGGUUACCGGAUCUUUUGGGGGUCGCCUCUGUGUCGUCUACUCCAAUGGACUUAUCUAUGCUCCGCCCACAUAAAGGCAUUCUUUAAUAGAAUCUGCAAGGUUAAACAUGCUUUUUAGAAGUUUUUUGGUCAACAAUACUUAUAAAUAUAAACAAAAUACUGACCAGCUUGAAGAGAAAUUGUGGAACACUAUGUAAUGUUUAUUUAGGGCAUGAAAGUUACUAGUUUGAAAUAAUUCCAAAAUGACCAAACUGCUAAUGUUAGCUUGCUUAUGACAAAACACAUGCAGAGAAUACGAACAUUACCUGAUUUCCAAAGUUUAGGCGGCUGUGUAAACAGAAUAUUCACAUUUUUAAAACCAAAUUAAAGCCAUUUUUCCCUGAAUUUCAUAAAAGAUGAUGUAGACCUGUGCAUGUAAUCAUUUCACAUGACAUUUUAUACACUUUCUUAAGCAGUUUCUCCUUAAGGGUUGACAAGGGAAGCCUCUUAAACUGUAGCUCAGGGGUCACUAAUUAAGUUUGGCUGCAGGCCAGAUAUUUUCCAAGCCAUUAUGUUGCGGGCCACAAAAAAAAAAUUGUUUUAGAAAAUUAAGUGUAAUGGGAUGGAGAGCUACAGUAGCUAGCAGACUAGCAGCUCUACAGCCCAGAGGGUUGUUGAAGCCAAUUGCAGAACAGUUGAUCUCAAAGCAGGUAAACAUAAGAAGAAAGGAAAAAAUAAUUAAACAAAUGGAAAAAAUGCCCUUAAAAGGAGAUAGGGAGCCCAAAAAGAGGUGGAAAAACAAGAACGGGUGGAAACUAAAGUCACACCGAGCACGACAGAGAGACAGGGGAGGAAUGUAAACAAAAGCUCGACAGAGAAGCAUUUUAUUUUAUUUUUAUUCCACUAACAUUCAUUAUAGUUCAAACAAACUCACAGGCCAGAUGUUUUAUGCUUGCAGGCCACAUCUGGCCUAUUGCCGACCCCUGCUGUAGCUCCUUAUGAGCUUCAGAAAAUAAGAGUUAUAAAAAUAAUAAUGGCUGUAUAUAUAAAACUUGGACAGUCAGAGAAGUGAAGCCUCUACAGGUCUAGCAGCUCUGGUGUGCAGCUUCUCUGCUGUAACUCAAUGAAGGCAGUCUGAGACACUUGCUACACGUCUUAGAGUAGCAGGCAGGUCUACUGAACAUGUAGGCGAGUCUCGUCUCUUUGUUGAAUUGUUUUUCUGGUCUGCAGUCAUCAUACAGAAACUUUUUAGGAGACAGUUUCUUGAAUAGGAUUUUCUGCAGAGCUUCCCUGUUGCUAUUAAAGAAUGCUGUUGUGGGCGGAGCACAGAUUGUAAGUCAGGGCUGUGAGUUUGUGCCGUACAGCUUCUCAGAGCGAUCGAACGCUCUUGAAUGUAACUGAAGAGUACGGUGCAGCAUGCCUGCAAGUGACCGCUGUGGACGACACAGAACAGACUCCUCCACCUGUAACCAUGUGAAGAUACGAGCAGUCCGUACACCACGUUAUUACCCACAGAGCAUGUCACUCCAUCAGCGAGGAGGAGCGGUGUUUUACAGUCCACACAGUUUCAGAGUGGUUUUAUUUGGGGAAUGUGAACCGAUCUCGUCUGCAGUGCACAGUGUUUAUUAUAGUUAACGUUCGCUUCAGGAGAUUCAUAAAUGCCUUACGUUAGUCUGACACACACGGUUCAUUCUGUCUGUUUCAUCCGCUGUAUCCUCUUUCUGUUUUUAAUCUAGUGCUACGUCGCUACAUGGCUGUUCUCUUUCAAAGUAUGCUGUAUAUAAUCUAACGAAUACAAAUGGUCAAUGCCCAUAUUUUUUUCUUACAGUUAUCAUUCAGUAUUGUAAUAUAUUUAAUACAAAAUAAAACUUUCAUUGACAUGG